GCCCCGGCGCUUGAGGAGCCUCCGCGCUGGCCAGGGCGCGGCUAAGAGCUGGGGCACGGGGGUGCGCUGGGGAACGACUGUAGUGGCCCAGCGUUUCCUGUUUGAACCAAAGAUGUCAUUAAAUUUGCCAACACUAUUAAAUCAAGAAAGCCAUCGGGGAUUUAAAAAAAAAAUUGAAUGUCUGAAAAACCCAGAAUCACAGACUACUUCAUCCUUGCAAGAUAACCCACUUCAAAACUUACAAAUAGCAUCCCAUGAAGUUCUUGAAAAGGCCCAAAAGAGUGGGAGAUCAAAGUGUCCAAAAUGCGGGAGUUCCAGGAUGUUCUAUUGUUAUUCAUGUUAUGUUCCAGUUGAAACUGUCCCCACCAAACAAAUUCCAGUUUUGAAGCUGCCUUUGAAGAUUGACAUUAUUAAACACCCAAAUGAAACUGAUGGCAAAAGCACUGCUGUACAUGCUAAGCUCCUGGCCCCUGAAGAUGUUAUGAUUUACACAUACCCUUGCAUUCCUGAAUAUGAAGAAAAAAGACAUGAAAUGGUGCUUAUCUUUCCUGGUCCCAACUCAAUUUCACUUAAAGAUCUUGGUCUCCAUCUGCAAAGAAAUACUAAGAAAAAUGUUUGUGCCGAAGAUGAUUCUACAGCAGAACCAUUUCUCAAGCAAGCACGAAUAGAAUCAGAACAACAAAACAUAAAUGAAUGCAAGGCAAACAAAACUGAAGACACUGGACUGAAGAAAAUAAUCUUUAUUGACAGUACUUGGAAUCAAACUAACAAAAUAAUUACUGAUGAGCGACUUCAAGGGCUGCUACAAAUUGAGCUAAAAACGAGGAAAACUUGCUUUUGGCGUCACCAGAAAGGAAAGCCAGAUACGUACCUUUCCACAAUUGAAGCAAUUUAUUAUUUUCUUGUGGACUAUCAUCAGGAGGUUUUGAAAAAGAAAUACAAAGGACAAUAUGACAAUCUGCUUUUUUUCUUUUCAUUUAUGUAUACCCUGAUAAAAAAUGCCAAGUCGUCUACAGGGAAAGAGUAAGCCAUGACAUUGGGCCAGCUGUAAAUAAUACCAUGUUUGAUUUUUCUUCAUGAAUAAAAUGGUGUGAGAUUUUUUUUUU